AUGAGUCAACCAGCAUUCACAGCACACGUUUUGGAUACAACUAGAGGUGUUCCUGCAGAGAAUAUAUCUGUUUCUGUUUCCAAAAUCAACCAUUCGAACACAACGCUUGCACAAGAGCAACUUGCUACAGCAAUAACCAACGCUAAUGGUCGUGUUAGUCAAUGGAACGUACCUUUGGAAGAGGUUGAAUCAGGAAUUUACAAGUUUCGCUUUGAUACAGGACCUUAUUAUGACUCAUUGUCAAUGGAAACUUUCUACCCAUACGUCGAACUGACAGUUAAUAUCAAUAAAGGCCAACAUUAUCACAUCCCAUUGCUACUAUCCCCAUUUGGAUUUACUACCUAUCGUGGUUCCUAA